CCACCCUCCUCAUUCCGCCGGUGUUUCGUGACAGGGUCGGAAUGUUCUUGUGUGCACACUUUGCAGGCGGCGUCGAUUAAAAGCAACGUGAAGAAUAAACAAUUGCAUUUCAUUUAAGAGAGAAUUAGAGCGAAAGAAAUUGACGGCAACAGGCAGUUUUUGUUUCACCCGUCAUUUUAACCGUUAUUAAAAGUAUAUCAAGGACGUAUUCGGUAACUUGGUAAACCUGGAAUACCUUCACAGUGCUAUAAACAAGCAAGAUAUUUAAAUCAUUGUGCAAGAUCUGUUGCCAGUAGGUAAAGAAAAUUGAUGCUUUUUCUGUAGUAAGAACAUGGAAACAACUGGGGCAGGUGAAAGAAUAUCCUGGAAAGAAAUUAGGGACUGUAAAUAUUGUUUUGUUGCCAAAAGACGAGACUAACAUCAGCAGGGGAGUGCUGCAACAGUUUGUUGAAAUAACAGCCAUCGUCGUCGCUCAGGCUUCAAUACAAUAUGAGAUCGGUGGUGUCGUGAGGCUCAACAGAAUUCUGUACAGAGGCACAUCACUCUGUCGUUGAACACUUGAAAACUUUCUGUGGAUUCCUAGACCAACCUUGCAAAAAAGUGAGGAAACAGCCAUGUCCACACUAUGGAAUAUUAAACCAUUUCACCAAGAGGUGCAGCAAAAUGUUUCAAAAAUCUCUGUCUCAAUGAAAACUGGGCUUAUCAGAAAAGCAAAUCUGCUGUGUGAACUGUAAGCAACUGGAAAGAGACUGGAGAUUUUCUAUUGCGAAGACAAUCAGCCUUGCAAAAUAUUUUAUCAUCUUUUGUGCCAUUAUCAGUUUUUUUUUGUCUUUGUCAUCAGUUUAUUGAACAUUAUCACACUUCAAUAGCCUGAAAUACAUGUAGAUGGAUUAAAUAUUUAUAAUACAACCCAUUUAUAUUUAACCUGACAGAUUCUACAUUUUUACCUGAUUUCUUUCAACCAUUUUAAAUCUACACAUACGAUUAUAGAUUUAGUAAUUCUUUACAUGCUGAAUGAAGCAAUGACCAUUCAUUUCAAUACAAGUUUUCAGGCCAACAUUUAAGAGUAACCUCUGAGGAAACUAAAUAAUUCCUCACCUACUCAGAAGUGUUCACUGUUCUGAGUAACCCAAUUAAGACGUAAACAAGAGCAGUAGAACAAAACAGUCAUUUUGACUUCCCACAAAGUGUAUAGAAAUUGUUAAUACUAGUUAAUAAUAGAAAACAUUCAGGGAGCAAUACAGGUCAGGGAAAUUUGCCUAAAGACUAAGUGCCAUUGUUGAAUGUAAAGAGUGCCCAAUUUAAAAAAUAAUAAUAUUGUGAGGAUAAAAAAAAGAGACAAAAAAUCAUUAGUUUACAUUUUUAAGAUGUUUAAAGUUGUCCCUUUCGCUUAAAUCAAUUUUUCAUCCUGAUAAGUGCCAGAAUAGGGGAUUAAACAUAAAUUCUUAAAUUUCUUUCAAGUGUCAUCAAUACACUAAACUAUAUAGGUAAUAUGUAAAGUUGAUAAUAAGAGAUGCCAUUUCUUGUUUGUCUGCGGAUAUAAAAAAAAAAAAAUAUAUAUAUAUAUAUAUAGAUUUUAUUUGUUUUGAGGACAGUCACAAAAGGGAAGAUUUUUCUUUGCUUAUAUACACAAUAUUUAUUUUAAAUAUUCUUUAAUUUCCUGUUUGUACAAGAACUGGCCAAUUUAUGUUGCUUACUACAAAUAUUAUUGGCAUUUGGAUUGUUUUACAUAUUGUUUUUGUGUUCAUCUAUAUGCUGGAAGGAGGCACUGUAUGAUGAGUAUGAGAGAAUAUGUGUUUUAUAACCAUUGUGGCUCACCUUGAAGCUGAAAGCACACACUUUUAACAGACUUUCGAAAACAGAUUUUCCUUUUGAGACUGUUUUAAUAUAGAGUCUGAUUUCAUAUAAGCAGGCUGUUUUUUUUUUCAAUCUAUAUUGUGUGGUGGGUUGAGUCAGUCUGAGAAAAAAGCAGCGUUAGUCAUGUAAAAAUGAUGCCCACCUUGAAAGCUCGAGUGUGUAUAAUCAUUCUCUUCCUGCUGAUCGCUGUCCCAUUUAACGCUUCAUCAGCAAGCAUCCCGGGCCCCUCCAGAAAUACACAGAAUGGGCCCAUCACCAUCACUAUCACCCCAACACCCAGCCCCAGAUCUCGAGGUAGAGGGUUUCUGUUCCCCCUUUCUAAAAAUGGUGGGAAUAUGCAAGAGAAGUCUAUGAAUCAUUGGCCAAAGCAGCCAGCUGGAGCAGCAGAAUUGCCCCCUAGGCCGCUGCCUCAGAUAAUGCUGCCAAAGAACAUAACGGCCGAUGCACUGAAGCCCCCUCUUAGAGCAGCACAGGUAGUUCCGCCUCCUCGCAAACUGGUGGAAGUGGAUGUUUGUCGGGGUUAUUAUGAUGUCAUGGGGCAGUAUGACCUCACCUUUAAUUGUUCCAAGGAUGACUUCAUCUACUGCUGUGGGACCUGUCAUUAUCGAUUUUGUUGUCCAGACCGGACUCGAAGGCUAGACCAGAACAUCUGCCAGAACUAUCAUUCUCCUGUGUGGGCCAAUACUGCCCCACCAGCAACCAGGCCCCCAGCACCAGCCCAUCCUGAUCUCAGCCGCAUUGAGCAAAGCAACAACACUGUCUAUGUCAUUGGUGGAGUCAUCUCGUUUACAGUUGCAGUGGCGGUGGCUAUUAAGGUGGCAUUCCACAAGGCAUCACGUCAACCUAGGAACAGAGAACUCAACAUGCCCAGGGCUCUAGUGGAAAUGUUGCGUCACCAGUCAAGUACAGUCCAAGAGGGGGAGAGAAACAACAGUGUUGCCCUGGGAACUGGAGGAGGAGAGGGGACACUUGGAAGACCCCCCAAAAACCUCUAUCCCACACUACAGAGUAAAGAUAACCGAUUGGGGAAUCUACAGCAUAAUUUCAUCCAUACCAAAGGCUCCAGCCCCAAACAUACAGCCACCAUUGAGCGUGCACCACGUAUGAACAACGUGCAGCUGGCCACCGGUGGCACACUGAAGCCAAGUAAGCAUACUAACGCCAUGAAGCCCCAGCCUUCCUUCCAUCACUCCCUACACAACCUGGCUCAGCUGCCGCCCUCUUAUGAAGCCGCCAUGAAGCCUGAGAUGAACAGAUACUCCUCUCUAAAGCGUCUGGAAAAAGGAGGAUUGGAGGAUUAUUCAGGUUACUGUACCACGAAAAGGAGGCCCAACAAUGCCCCUCCAUCCUUCCAUUCCUCCCAGCAUCAUCUUCCCUGGGGUGGUGACUACACAAUGGGGGGACGAGGCACACUUCCCACCCAUGCCACUCGCCCUCGAAUACCUCAUCCACAGUCUGCCCCAAGCCACACCCCCAAUCCUUACCCUCUGGAUCCACCAGAGACAAAGCAAAACCAGAAUUAUGAUACACUUUCCAAACCACCGCGCCGUGUUAAGUCAACUGACCAGCUCCUUGCACUCGGUGAUGGCAACACAUUAUCAAGGCUCUCCAAGAACCAACAGCACCAAUACUACAAAGCCAUGGCCAGUGCAUCAAAGAACUCCAAUAACCAGAACACCCUGCAGAAGUCCAAGGACAGGCUGCUAAUGUCACCGGAUCAUCUAGAGGAGAUCGAAUAUGGUGAAGUUGGAAGUGGGAUGGGUAUGGGAAUAAGUGAAUACCCUGCAGGAGGGGGAGGUGGGAUGGUGCCCACCCUGCCCCGCGUGAGCCACCAGAAAGCUCAAUCACAGCAGAAUGUUUGUGCGACACCGUCACUUGACCGUCAUCACAUGAUAAAGAUGAACUCGCACCCAACAUCGGGGCGAGAGCAGGAGCGAAAUUCAGCAGCAAUGUCGGGUCACCUGGGAGGAGGUGGGGUUGGAGGAGUGGGAUGGGGCGAUAUGCCAGGAACAGGGGUUGUCAUGGGAACAGGAACUCUUGGUGGACACAGUGCCAGGAGGCUUGCAUUUGCAGCAAAAAGGCAAAACACCAUUGAACAACUUCACUUCAUCCCGGGUGCAGGGGGGAGUGGAGGAGUGCCGACAAACCAAGGGGUUAGAACAGGAAGCAAGACUGAGGUUACUGUGUGAGCAAGAGGCUGGAGAGAGAAUGAAGGAGGAAUGGAGAAGAUGGGUGAGGGAUAGACUGUGUGAUGAGUUGGAGGAUGGUAAAGGGACUGUGGGAAAACGAGAGUGGGCGUAAGAGGGAGAAAAAUAAUGAGAGAAAAGAGAAAAGGAGUAGGAGGAUGGUGAAGGAAUCAGAGAAAUCAAAUUUGAAGGAAGGGGCCACAAGGUAGUUCAUAAAGAGCCAAGUGGCACCAUAUUUUUACAGAUAUAUAUUGUAUAUAGUGGCAAAGACACAAGAUGAGAUUAGAUAACAACAGUUAUUAGUCUGUUUUGAUAGAGCUUGUUGUGCUUUUUAUGUUCAUGAAAUUGCAGCUAUUAGUAUGAUCAAAGUUGCCAUAUAUGACUAUUAAUUUGUUUCAAGUUUGCCUAUAACCUGCUGCAUAGAAUAUCAUUAGAGUGUAAUAUAAAUUUCACAUGAUUUGUCAGAUGAACCGCAACUGACAUUUUUCAUAUCUUUGUGUCAAAUGUUUUUAUUCUUGGAUAUUUUUUCCAUUAUUACACAGAUAUAGCUGCUAUGGAGCCAUAUAUUUCAGAGAACAGCUCUCACUUUCUCAAUAUGAUGGAGACUAACAAUUACACAAGCUUAUGUAACAUCUGCAUAAGAGGAAUCAGUUAAACAACCAUUCCUACUGAUGAAUUGUAAAGCUUCUUACAGGUGGACAAAUACAAUAAGAAUCAAUGGAAAACAUAAAAAGGAGUCGAAUAACCAUAAUGCUGGAUCUUACCUCUUUUUGAACCCUAAUCUACAUAAUAAGGGAGGUUGGCAGGGUUGUUACAAUGUUUGUCAAAAUGAUUGAUGAUGGAACAAUUUGAGGAGCAUAACGAUUUGUUUGAAUAACAUAAACUGACAAGAAUUAAAAGGACUUGAAUGACUUUUGAAGCCUACUCAGUGAGACAGAGAAAGCAAGUAAUAGCUUACCAUAAAUUAUUUUCGCCUGCAACUUAGUGUGAAUUUAACAUGGAUAUACCAAGUGAAUUUCUGUUCAGUUUGUUUUGUUGGAAUCCUGAAAAUAGUACAUGACAAGUUUUAAACCCUCAAGUUUGCCCUUCAGUACAUAACUGGAAAUCGUUUUGAACAAUGAAUGAAAGCCAUUUCGACUGGGCAGAACAGCCCAGAUGAAAACCAAGAGAAAUGUCUGACAAUCAUAUUUUUUCUCCAUUUUAAAAAGACUCUUUAUUGGUCAAUGGCACUUUGUUUGGAGCUGGGAUUUGUAAAGGAGAUUCAUCAUAAGGGACAAUGGACUACUAAAAGCACAAGAAUAAUACCUUUGAUUCCUGUAAUGCUGGGUACGUGCCUGUUUAUGCUCCUCUUAGUUGUACUGUACACAAAAAUUUCUUAAUUGUGAACACCUUAAGCUUUUAAAUGUGGAUCUGAGAAGGGGAAACAACACAAGAGUAAUCAUAAAUUAAUUUGUAUGUUAAUAUUCUGACAUAAAAUUAGUGCAUAACAUGGCAGUAUCAUUACCUUGCUCAGGUGUGGGUAGGCAUUUAAAAUGUUUAUCAAGACAAACCUCUUGGACUGCUUUUUGAAUCUCCAUGUUAAAGCCAUGUGCAUAUGCUGUUAAAAGACUUUACAAACAGUCCAAGGAUACAGGCAUGCCAAAACAGCUAACCUGUAUUACAAAUCUGCUUAUACUUAUAUGGACACAUCACAUCAUACCUGAUAUCUUCUUAACCAAUAACGCUUGUCAAUAUUAAGGGCUAAACAACACACAUGCGUUAGUGGUACAAAUGUUACCCACGGCUUAUUCAUUAUUACUUAACAGAUAACAAUCUCAUAAUAUAUGGAAAGGUAUUAAUGUAGUUAGUGAAUAUUCAAAUAAAAUUUAAAUGAGAUUGGUUACAAAAGAGCCAGCUAUAAUUUAACGUAUGGUUCUGUCUUCUGAGGAAUAGUCUCGGUCUCAUGAACUCAUUUUACAAAUGAAAAAUAAUCUUUUUGUCAUAGACUUUAUACCUCUUGGUUAAUGUUCAAUGUAAUACAGUUACAGACUAUUUGAAUAUGUAUUACUCCCAGUAAAAGUGUUAAGGAGUAGUUUAUAUUACGUUUGCAUCAAAGGAUUUGUGGCAGCACAUUCAUUUAAUUUUUCACUGGAACUAGUGUGUAUCUAAAUGGAAACUAAUGAAAACAUAAAGACAAUCUUCCUAACAGCUCUGUAAUACAUAGGUGUUUGUUAUUGUCAUUACUAUGACAGUUAAUAUUAUGGUUAUUGGUGAAAUUUAUUCUUGUUGUUAUGGUUAUCUUUUCGUUAUGAUGGUGAUUUUUUUUCUUCUGUGGUUUUAGUGUUUACUUGUUUUAGAUAUAUUUCUCAUACAUUUUUUUGAAAUUAUGAUUAGAAAAUAGAAGCACAAACUUUUUAGCCACUCAUUGUUUGCCAAUUCUUCAUGCAUUCCUAAUGAAGAGGAGUGCCUUCAAAAUGUCUGUGAUGUCAAAUUGUAAUUCUUAUAAGCCUGAAAAUGUCAUUACUUGUUGCAGAGACAUCACAAUGGGUUUAUAAAGAUGUCAUAGGAUGUAUGUUGUGUGUGUGUGUAAUUGAAUGUCUUAUUUUUCUUGAUUUAGUGAAAAUUAAACUUUUUAAUGUUUAUUUCAGGGACAAUUAGAACGGCUGAAUCAAUUUAGUAUUUUAGUCAUAAAAAUUAUGUAGCAAUGUCUGUUCAGUUUUGUAUUCACAAGCCAUAAUUAUGACAAUGUUUAUGAAAUUUCAUCACAAGGCAUUUUAAUGCUGAAAAUAACAAACACUGGAUGUGCAAAUAAAGUCUUGAUGCAUUUUAAAAGGUUGGCCUACAAUGGAAACGGCAUUAAUUGCACAAGCAAGCAGGGACGACGAAGACAUCGUUUUGAGAAAGCAGUAAUAAGCUCAUGUUUUUUAAAAUGUUAAUGUACAGAAGCAGAAUGAAUGUUUGGGUAUAUCACUUAAA